AUGUGGGCCAAGUAUGCGGCAAAGGCACCCGAAAAACUUUCAAGUGAAAUGAUAGGGAAGGUUUGGGAAUUUUACGGUUUUGAUGGUCCUGUGAGGAUGCUUGAGGAUUUCGUAAUGGCUGAUGUCGCAGAAGGUGUAGUACGUGAUUUGAAAACUGAGCUGAUUGGUUUUUGGAAGGCGGAGAAUACACCUAUGAAAGAAGCCCUCAAUCAUUUGAGGUUUGACAAAACAACUGUCCUCCUUGUUCGCGAAAGACUGCUCAAUACGUGGCUCGAGUAUGGAAACACCAAAAAGGGCGUGACCAAAGAGAUGGUGGAGGCGAUAGAUAGCUGCGACGACGAGAUGCGUGUGGCAAUUCUUGAGGACUUGAGAAAGAUUAAAGGCACUGAUGGCUUGGUCAAAUUUGCUUUAAAUCACUUGAUGACUUAUUUGGAAGAGCGGAAGUAUGCGGCAAGGUCACCCAUACUCCUGUCGAAGUCAACAUUGGAGUCGGUCUUUAACAUUCACGGUGAUGUAGGCAUUCUAGAAUUAGCUAAAGCUUACUCCAAUCGCAGAAAAGACUUUAGCUAUCUGCUGAAUUUUUGA